GCGGUUGCGCCACCUGCGGCUCCGGCUGCCGCUGUCAGUUGGGCGGCUGCGUCCCAACAUGGCGCCGGCGGCAGAGGGGACGGCCGCGGGGCGCGGGGCCGCGGCGGGCGGAUGGAAAUACUGAUGACGGUCCGGAGACUCGCCUCCAUCUGUACCAUGGGCGCCAAUGCCUCUGCUUUGGAGAAAGAGAUUGGUCCUGAACAGUUCCCUGUGAAUGAGCAUUAUUUUGGCUUGGUCAAUUUCGGCAAUACCUGCUACUGCAACUCAGUCUUACAGGCACUUUAUUUUUGUCGUCCAUUUCGGGAAAAAGUUUUGGCAUACAAAGUGCAGCCUCGAAAGAAGGAAAGCCUCCUGACAUGCCUCUCUGAUCUCUUCAACAGUAUUGCUACACAAAAGAAGAAGGUGGGAGUCAUCCCACCCAAGAAAUUUAUUUCCCGAUUGAGGAAAGAAAAUGAAUUAUUUGAUAAUUAUAUGCAGCAGGAUGCACAUGAAUUCCUAAACUACCUACUUAACACUAUUGCUGACUUACUACAAGAAGAGAAAAAGCAGGAGAAGCAGAAUGGCAAACUCCAGAAUGGCAGCAUUGAGAGUGAAGAAGGAGACAAGAAUGAUCUGACGUGGGUCCAUGAAAUCUUCCAAGGAACACUAACCAAUGAAACCAGAUGUCUUAACUGUGAGGCUGUUAGUAGCAAAGAUGAGGACUUUCUGGAUCUAUCGGUUGAUGUGGAACAAAAUACAUCAAUUACGCACUGUCUAAGAGGAUUUAGUAAUACUGAAACUCUAUGCAGUGAAUAUAAAUACUAUUGUGAGCAGUGCCGCAGUAAACAGGAAGCACAGAAGAGAAUGCGAGUGAAAAAGUUGCCCAUGAUCCUAGCUCUGCACUUAAAAAGGUUCAAAUACAUGGACCAGCUGCAUCGAUACACCAAACUCUCCUACCGUGUAGUCUUUCCCUUGGAGCUCCGGCUCUUUAACACUUCAGGAGAUGCUACAAACCCUGACAGAAUGUAUGACCUUGUGGCUGUAGUUGUUCACUGUGGCAGUGGUCCAAAUCGUGGACAUUAUAUCACCAUUGUGAAGAGCCAUGGCUUUUGGUUGCUGUUUGAUGAUGACAUUGUAGAGAAAAUUGAUGCCCAGGCCAUUGAAGAAUUCUAUGGGUUAACAUCAGACAUUUCCAAAAACUCAGAAUCUGGAUAUAUCCUCUUCUACCAGUCAAGAGACUAAGACAAAAAGAUACAUGUAUACAAAUAAAAGAAAAAAGGGAUCAAGAUAUGUCCAAAUGGAACAUAUUUGUGACAGCAGAAGCAGUUCCUCAUUGUUGCUGUAGGACCAGGACAGAUCCAGCAGGGCGAAUAAAGGUUUCUCCCUGCAUUUCGUGGAGGAUUAGUGCUGACUGCCGUAAGAAGAAGAGCUUUUGUUCCAGUUUUCUUUCUGGGCUUUUUUUACGUGCUAUCUUCCAAAAUCUGUGUUACCUCUACUUGAAACCUGGCUGCUUAUUUGUUCAUGAACUGAAGAAGAGAUUUAAAAGUAGCAUUGUAGAAUUUUUACCAUUUAAUGUUGGCCUGAGACUAUACCUUGGUUUCUACCAUCGUCGUUUUUCUGUAUUUUAGCAGAAUGAUUUCAAUAUUCAGUGUCAGCUGAAGGCAUAUUUUAGGAUAUGAACAGCAGCUGGUUGCUGGAUAUUUUUGGUGACUCAGACUUGAGAAGCAGUACAAAGCUAAGACAUAUUGGAAAUGUCAAGUCUGUGAUUUUUAUAAAAAAAAAAACAGACAAAAAAACGCUGCAGCAUUGUAAAUUUCCCCAUUAUGCAUUAUCUUGGGUUUAGAUAACACUAACAACACUGCUUCUUUUUAGAUUUUUAUUUUUACUGAUCUGUUUCUUCUUCAGAAGGUAUAGAACUUCGUCCACAUUCAGCCUAGUCUAUUGUGCAUUUUUCUUUUGAAGCAGAAGUUUUGACUCAAAGCCACACUGCUGCAAAUUUAAGGGGAGCAGAAAAGCAGUUACCUUUUGAAUAUGUCUGGCAACCAGUUGCUGUAGAAAGUUUGAAGUUACAGCGUUUCUUGGAGCUAUUGCGUAAACCAAAAGUGCCCUCAUUCUGAAACAGGAUCUGUUCGAUGUUUCAUUCAAUACAUAGUAAACUGAUGCAACUAGCCUUUUGAAUCUAUGCUACUACACAGAAACAGCACUAAUUGUGAAGGGUUAACCAAGGGAAGCAUUAUUUAUGUAACUAAUCCAGUUGUUCUUAGUCUUCAAGAGAAUGAACGUGUAAGAAGGAAAACCAUCCAACCAGCCCAGACAUCACCUGGCUAAAUGUUCCUCAUCAUCUGUUGGCAAUGUUUGUAUCGAUCCGGGAAUCAUAACUCCCCCCUACAGAUGCUUCUGAUUGUUUUACCUCUAUAGGCCUUGCUUCACAGGGGAAAUUGUUAGUCUUUUGAAGACUGAAACCAAGUAAUUAUCCGUUACGUGUGUAUAUAUUAUAAUCUCAAGGAUAACUAGAAAGAAAAGACUAAGGAAGUUUGUAAGAAAUCUCACAAAAUCUUCUGUAAUCUUCUUUUUGAAAAGUCCUGUUGCCGUGCCAAAGCUUGUUGCAGCUGGCUCUAAACUACCAGUGGAAAUGAGUAUUUUUCUUUCUUCAUCUUGUUAGGUAACACAAGAGCUGUCCUCUGGGUGGUUGCGCCCAGCACAGCCGUUCGUGGGAUAUACCAGUGAUUGUUGUUCUUGGGGACAUUUAACUUAUGCAAUUCUGUGGCUCGUACAGGAUAUAAAAUAUUUUACCAAAACAUUGUCCUCAGGAAAACAGCAUUUCACAAACAGUUUCUUGUGGUGGCUGUAUGUAUCUGUUUCUUCUUAUCAUGACCAGAAACGUAAUGUUAGCAAUUAACUCCUGUCUUCAAAAUGCAAGUUAAUCAUUACCAUUGUAUUCCAACUGGGUACAGGUUCCAUUCUUCUGGCACAUCUCCUCUUCCAGAAGAUAAAAUACGGACAUUGGGUUUUUUAAUUAUUUUUUAUUAUACAGAGUACUGUCAUUUUAAGAGACAUAUUCAAUAACAGCAAACGUUCCUGUCAUCUUGUUCCUAUUGUGUGAAAAUUGUUACUGGCUAAGAGUUUUCUCCCCUUGUUCACACACAAGCUGUGAGUCCUCUCCUGGUGGCGCUACCAGAAGACAGUCAUCACUAAGUCUUGCAAAAAAUUAAAAAAAAAAAAAAAAAAAAGGGAAAACAAAAAAAAAAAAAAAAAAGGAAAAAAAAAAAAAAAAGAGAGCACUGAGUUAAAAAUAAUCCUAAACAGUAAAUACAAAAAUUAAUGUAGUACACUAGACAUGUAUUUUGUAUAUCUGGUGAUACAUUUUUACAAAUAAAAUACCUGACAGAGAGAAUAUUGAAAGAUAUAUACUAUAGAUUAAAAACUGUUAAAAGUGCACUUUUGCUACAGAUUUAUAAGGAGACUAAAAGGAAUUAAAUUGGAAGAGAAUGGUGUGAUGUUACUUCUGUAUAAUAAAUGACCCCACCUGUCUCCAAUAAAGGUCAUGUAUGAUCAAAUGCA